AUGAAUAAGGCUUCUGAGGCGGACUUCGAGCAGCGAAUGUGGCACGCGAAACGAAUGCGCGGUUUGGCCGCCGUGUCAGAUGUAGACGGUGACGGCAAGGUGACCGACGAGGAGCGCACGCGUGAGAGCACGGAAUGGGCAAACGCGCUUGUCCGUGGGCUCUGGCCGAUUCUGAACGCCGACCUGUUCAGCUCCCUGAUCGACAUGCUCGAAGACAUCAUGCAGUCGUCCGUCCCGAAGUUCAUUCACUCCGUGCGCGUCGCGGACAUGGGCUUGGGCUUGGGCUCGAAUGCGGGCUGCGUGACGUCCAUUCAGUCAAUCCCUGAUGCGAAGACUCAUGACACCGGCAACCCCGGAGAUGCGCAAGAUACGCUCUCUGCGAUGGGCAUCGACGGUGACAUGGUCAGCCCGGACGACCGCGAUGCUUUCGACGGCGACCACGUCAACCUGGAGGUGUCGUUUGCGUACCAAGGGCUUCCGAGUGGAAAGUCUGCCGAAUGCAAAGCGCGUAACAUUCACUUGCUCAUCGAAUGCUUUCUCGGGAUGAAGGGCGUGUUCGGCUUCCGUGUGCCCGUAUGGGUGGAGGUCACGGACGUUGUCGGCACUGCUCGCGCAAGCCUCCAGCUCAUCCCGGAUCGGCCAUGUGUUAAGACGACUCUGGUUUCUCUCAUGGUCAUGAACCUGCCGUUCAUCUCUGGGUUCAUCUCCAACGCUCUCGACACCGCGGCGACGGAGUACGUCGCCCCGAAAAGCCUAACGUUGGACCUCCAGACGCUCAUAAGUGGAGACGAUAUUAAAAAAGACACGGAGGCUAUCGAUAUCCUCGUCGUGCACAUCCACAGAGCGACUGGCAUCAAGAAGAUGGACACGACGGACAGCUCCGCAGAUUCGUACGUGACGCUCACGUACUCGCGGCUCGAGAAGUCGCUUUACUCGACGCUCAUUAUCAAGGACGACUGCAAUCCGGUCUACGAGGAGACCGCGAUCCUGCUCGUCGAUGACGAUAUGAUGGGCUACGUCGAGAUCGACACCGUUGACCUCCUACGCGAACGCGGCAAGCCCACACGGCACGUCUCCCCACUGACCAGCCCCGACUCGCAGGACCGACCAGGCUCGCUCGAGUACACCGUCGGGUACUACGGCAAGCUCCCGCCAAACAAGGGCCUGACAACGGACGGCUCGGACCCGAGUCUGCCAGACGACCUGCGCGAGCGCCCAGAGUUCAAGGAUGUGCACAAAAUCCUCGACCUGACAGUGAAGACGGCGGGCAAGGAGCACAAGGGCGGGCACCGCGAGGGCGAGGGCCAAGAUGACGGCGAGGAGACGGCAGAGGAGGGCGAGGGACUGCCGUCUUCGUAUUGCACGAUCUCCUUGAACGACAAACUGGUGUACGAGACGCGCGUGAAGCCAAUCCAGCUCGCCGAUGUUCAACGCGGGCACGGAGCGCUUCGUUUGGGACUGGCAAAAGGCGCACAUCACCGUGACUCAAAGACCCUCCUGUCCGAGGUUUUCGUGAACGCCUCCGAAGUCAUCCGGAGCUACUCUCUCGAGAAGGGCCUCGGCGCCGGCCGCAUCCGCAUCUCACUUCUCCUCCGCCCUGUCGAGGCAAAGCUACCGCCGAAUCUACAUGGCUUCGAUACAGGCACGCUUGAGAUCCGCGACGUCCUCAUGCGGUCGAACUGA